CCAAUUUUCAUUUUAUUAGGCUCUAUAUAUAUAUAUACAUAUUAUAUCUACACAAACACGAUAAACAUUUAUUAUAAACAGAGUAGAAAGUAGAGGGAGGUAAUAAAAAAUACAUGACAUUCGCACUGUAAUAAUGUUUGGAUCUCCACAGUGUGCUUGUACAUUGUAUGUAGAGUUUAUAAUAAAUAAGAGGAGAGAAUCUAUCUAUGUGUUGGUAGGGUACGUGAGCCAGUCAUUUCCUCCAAAACCAAACACAGAUUUGAAUGUGAGGAGCUGCUUUUGCACAGCUUGUUGUGUUGUUUGUAUGCAUAUAUCUAUAUAGAUUUGGGUCCCCCACCUUCCCUUCUCUGAUCCACUGCACAUACUGGGCCACUCUUUUUGACACCAUCUACGAAAUUGGGAAGGAAACCAAAACUAAGAUGACAGAUAGAAAAGAGAGAGAGAGAGAGAGAGAACUCUCUUUCUCUCUUUCUCUUUCCCUCACUUUUCGAAGCUGAAAAGCACCCCACCUUUUCUGCCUCUCUCACGUGCACCAUUUCCCUCUCUAACAUUUCUCUCUCUCUCUCUCUCUCUCUCUCUCUCUCUCUCUCUCUCUCUCUCUCUCUGUGUUAAGUUGAAGGGAUGGUGCGGUGGGUUUUUCUGUAAAAUGAUUGUGGUCCUUGAAUAGAAAAGGAGCUAAAGGGUAGUGUUUAUAAGUCAAUAUAUAUUCAAGUGCCAGUUAAUCAAAUAAAGGUGCUGAAGAAGAAGUGCAAACAGAAAGAGAGAGAAAUACAUGACAAUGGCUUUAGAAGCUCUUACUUCUAAUGAGCCUUUCAACUUCAUCAUUUAUGAUACCAUCUCCGCAACCCCCUACAGCUUCCAAGACUCUUCAGGGACGACUAGCAAUUUCAUACCUCCAGACAAGAACUUCUGCACCAGCACCAGUAGCAUGAAAUCUGAUCAAGACACCCAAAUCAAGAGGGCGUUGAAUUUGGAAGCCGCAGCAGCAGGUGGUGGUGGUAGGCAGAAGCAGAGUUCUCUGGGUGUAAACAAUAAUAAUGCUCAGCAGCAGCAGCAAGGGCGGAAGAAGAGGAGGAGAAAGCCAAGGGUUUGCAAGAACAAGGAAGAAGCUGAGACUCAGAGAAUGACUCACAUUGCCGUUGAAAGAAACCGCAGAAAACAAAUGAAUGAGCAUCUUGCCAUUCUGCGCUCUCUCAUGCCUGACUCUUACGCCCAAAGGGGUGACCAGGCGUCCAUAGUAGGAGGAGCCAUAGAAUUCGUGAAGGAGCUUGAGCACCUCUUGCAUUCCCUUGAAGCACAGAAACUCCAACUUCUACACAAUGCAGAUGUCUCAACCUCCACCUCCAAACCUGCCCAAACCCCUUUUGCACAAUUACUAGAAUGCCCUCAGUACACUUGGUCUCACUGCCCCAACAAAUUCACAUCAAAAACCAAGGCAGCCAUAGCCGAUAUUGAGGUCACAUUAAUUGAGACCCAUGCAAACCUUAAGAUCAUGUCACGCAGAAUUAGCCCCAGACAGCUUUCCAAGUUGGUUGGUGGCAUCCAAUCCCUUCAGCUCACCAUCCUUCAUCUCACUGUUACCACCAUGGACCCUUUUGUUCUCUACUCCAUCAGUGUCAAGAUUGAAGAAGGGUGCUUACUGAGUUCGGUGGAUGACAUAGCAACAGCAAUUCACCACAUGCUUAGAGUAAUUGAGGAAGCAGCUACCUUGUGUUAAUUAAAUUCUCCUUUUAUAUUUUAUAUUUUUUCUAUUUUUCUAUUUUCCAUAUGUAGCUACAGUACCAGAAAAAGACCUUGAGUAGGAUCUUAAUGGGCUUGGGCUUUCUGAGGCCCAGCCCAUGCUGAUGGGCAUUUGAACUAGUUUAUCUGACCUGUUUGUAAGAUGUGUAGUACAGUAUUAGAGUGAGCAUGUGAACUAUGUCAAUAAACUUUCAUGAAUGAUUUUAGGCU